UAAUUAUAUCUAAUGUAUUGUAUAACGUCGCCUUGGAUAACACAAAUUACUGUCAAAGCUACGAAAUUUUAACCCUAAUUCUUAUCAAUUCUGUUUCUUGUCCCCUCAAACAAUAACCAAAUAGUGUCUGCAUAGUAGUGCAAAAUAUUUGGCGAGGAUUUGAAGUUUGAAAAUGGAGCCAGUAGCUUCGGUGGUGGAUAAAAUCAAGGGGUUUGCUCAAUCCACUCAGGAAUUCGCUUGCAGCCUCCUUCAGCGUCGCAGUAAUUCCAAUCGCCGGAAUCCGGUAGCAACAAGCUGUAUGAUGGAGCUUUACAACUGUUCCAAUGAUAUGAUUUUCAGAUUGAGAUUUUGAAGCGGUUGCAGCGCGAAGCUUUUUCUGAUAUCAUGAAACUCAGAGACAGACAAGACAAGGUGGAGCGAAUGCUGACCUUCUAUAAAUCUGCAAAGGGAAGUCCGUUCCAAGAAGCUAGCACUCAUGUAAGGGGAGAGGUGGAUGUGUUAGCGGCAUUGUUGAUGAUGGACAGUGUUGACGAGCAGAAAAUUGAAGCAAUUGAGAGGUCUGGUAUCAGGACAGGUAUUCAAUCAAGAUUCACAUUUGAAACCACUAUUCGGGAGAAAGACACGUUUGUUGCAGAGUUUGUCGCCAGUGAAAAGGAGCUAGGUGGUACUUUUGGAGGUCCUCUUUCCCUUUCAAAAAUUCUUUAUGCUGCGAAUAUUAGCGACUGGUGCUCUGCAGUUGCAAUUCCAGUGGGCGCCCGAUGCAGAGAUGUGGGAGUUGCUACAAGUUCUCAUGAGGAUAGGGCCCUUACCGACUAUUCUGCAUUUGGACCUCCACUUCUAAAUCAGCAUAAUGGCAGUGCCAUUGGCAUAAUGGCGCGCAAAUCAAAUGUUGUUGCUUCAUUGGGUCAGUUUCUUUCUGGCCUUGGAGUGCAUCAAAACUCUGCGAGAUUUACACAUUCCUUGAGCACUUUUGGGCAAGUCGUCUACCAACUUUCUACUAGUACAAAGCUCUCUCUUUUGGGUUUGUGCAAAGAUUCUAGGUUGUUAAACCGAAGGGUCAAUCUUGGAGCAUUGGCUAUCCCUGUUAGCCUAUUCAAACAAAGUAUAUCUUCGGAGACAUCUGUGGAGGAAGACAGCUCGACAACUAGGAAAGGACGCGCAUCGGAUGGAUUUAUUGCUCUGAUGCUUGAAACAGAGCUUGAUGAUAAUACACGAAUCGGGGGUUGGGUUGAGAUGAAAAACUCGAAUCCCAGAUAUCUACAAUGGGCUGUCACAAUGUCUGAUACCUCUGAAGAUGAGCUCGGAUGGGGUCUGUCAUUGGGAGGUUUGGUCCGAGGCCCAAAAGAUUGGGAACAUUUUCAGGUUGAAACAUUUUUGAAAGUAAAACUUGGCAAGAGAUUUAACUUCGAGCCUGCUCUUUUGUAUGUAAUGGAUGGGGCUUCCCAAUUUCCAGCCCUGAUGUUCCGUUCUACUUGGUCCCUCUGAUUGUUCUUCAGCAUUUUGUGCAAUAUGAACUCAAUUUUUUGUGAAUGCAGUUCUUUAUCUCUGCAGUUAAGUGCACUGCAGUAUUCUUGGUUGCUAUCAUCAUAAACCUAGCCUCUAAAUGGUGUCCGCUCUUCAUUUUUUUAUCAGUGUUUAUUUAUCACACGGUGCUUU